AGUAUAGUUCACAGAUUAUAUAAUUUCUUUAUUUUGCUGAAAACGAUGAGUUUUGUGUCCGACGAACUUGCGAAUGUUUUAAAAUCGGUAUACAGGAUGGAGGAGGGUAGUGAAAAUAACGGAGAUGAAGAGUCCUCUUCUAAUGUAGACAAAAAGAGUGAGGAGGUUUCGAAAGAGAAACGCUCUAGAAAACAUAAGCACAAGAAACACUCAAAGUCGAAGUCAAAGGACAAGAAAAAGCACAAAAAACGAAAACAUAAGUCAAGAUCACGCUCACAGUCUCGAUCGAAAUCACGGACACCAGAUGAAAUUGAAACCGAUUUUGUUCUUAAGAAAGACAAAAAUCUUGACACCGAGGAAAAGGAUAGAGAACUGGCCUCACAGAAUGGCACUGCUGGGUAUGGUAACGCUGUUCAACCAGCGCAGACCAACUGUGAUGAAAAGCCUAUCCAGGAUGUUCAUGGAUCUAAACUUUCAGAUUCCAAAGAAGAAAAGUCAGAGAGUUAUUUUAAAAGUAUUAGGUUAGAGAAUGAUAAAAAUGACUUGAUAUCUACUCCAGUUGCUACAAAAAUAGGCCCGGAGAGAGAUUUUAACAGUAAUUGUUCAGGGAGUGAUGCAAAAGAUUUGGAGAACAAAAAGAGUACUUCAUCUUCCAGGAGUAAGUCAAAGUCCCCAGAGUCUAAAUUGUCUGGAAAUAACAAGGAGAGAGACUCAAGAUCCCAUUCCAAUGAUAGAGAGACUAAAAGGAAAUCCGGCUCACAAUCAAGUUCUAAGCAGUCUGCAAAGAAGAAGAAGCCAAGGUCACGGUCACAUUCAAGGAGCAGAACAUCCAAAAAGAGAUCAAGGUCAAGGUCACACUCAAAAAGGAAUCGCCACAGAAGAACUGAAUCCAAGUCAAGUUCACGUUCCCAUUCAUACAACAGUAGGUCAAGAUCUAGGUCCCCAAGACGAAGAAAAAGAUCAUUCUCUAGGUCACCAAGACGUAAAAGAUCACUUUCCAGGUCACGCCAUAAAUCUCCUGUAUUUAAAAGCUUUAGAAGGGUUUCUCCACCUUCCUGGAAAAAAAAUGUAGGAUCUCUCAGGAGACAAAGGUCAAGAUCAUACUCUAGAUCUGGUAGGUCACCUCCAAGGAGAAGGAGUUCUCCAAGAAGGAAACAGUCACGUUCAAGAUCAAGAGGAAGAAGGUCACACUCUAGAUCAAGAACUAGAACCCCAAGGAAGAGAACACGAUCCUUGUCUAGGGACAGGAGACAUCAUAGAUCCAGAUCAAGGUCACACUCAAGAGGAAGAAGUCAAAGAUCAGCAUCUAGAGAAAGAAGGAGGAGUAAGAGUAGUAGAUCUCGGUCAAAAUCAAAGGAAAAAACACAACCAAGGAAUCCUUCAUCAGUACCCAAUGUGCCAGUAACAGAUAAAAUAUCUACUUUGAUUGACAAACCAGUCGCAAGUGAUCUUUCUGCACAGCAGACAAAAGUUGCACAGAGGGCUGGAGGGAAAACUAUUGCGGAGCUUACUGCUUUCUGUAAAAAGCUACAGGAUGAAAAGGAGAGUAUAGACAGUGGUAACACAAGUGUAACAACUUUAGAAAAGAAAGAAGAUUCUCAGCCAGUGGCACACCAUCCAUUUUUAAUUAAAGAAAAGCCAGAUAUCACAAUACCACCUGUUAUCUUUCCAGUGAACAAGCCUAUGGUCCCACAAGUAGGGUCAUCCAAACCUCUGCAGGAGCAGUUUCCUGUGUCUUGUGGAAGUAAACACAGAGAAAAAGAGGGUGUCAAUGAUGGGGCUGAAAUGGUUGCCAACAUAGAUGGCUCUGCAAUUCAGACGCAACCAAAAGUAGAAGUAUUUCCUCAACCUUCUGCUGAGAAACUGGACAUCAGUGACCUUGUUGCUAAGCGAAUGGAUGCACAAAGGCGGCUGCAGACUGACCCUAAUGACAUUGAGGCCCUGUUGGUUCUCCAGGAGAUUCAAAUGAAGAUGCAGAAUUGGUGCCAAUCAAAUGUUAAGCCAGGCCAGUUUACUGGAGAGCUUGUGAAGAAUCUUUUGCCAAAGGAAGAUUUGCAAGGAGGCUUCCAGGCAUGGGCCAAAAAGGACAUGUUUCACAAUCUCUCACCAGUUUCUGGUGGUAUUGGCAUGAAGCUUCUCCAAAAAAUGGGAUGGAAACCUGGACAAGUGAUUGGUAAAAGAGGAGAAGGUUACGCUGAACCUAUCGCUCUCACUGUCAAAAUUGAUAGGAAAGGUCUCAGUGCUGGAAAGGAAAAGGCUACCAAGAAAGGUGCUCCUACUGUUCUGGACCUGCAAGGAAAGCAUCCUGUGUCUGCCCUGGCUGAGUAUUGCAGUAAGAGAAAAUGGCAACUGCCCGACUACACUUUAGUCUUUGAUCAUGGCCCUGCACACCAUAAACAGUUUCUGUUUAAAGUUUUAGUGAACAGUGUAGAGUACCAGCCUGCAGUGGUGUGUGGCAACAAAAAACAGGCUAAAGCACAGGCAGCUAUUUUUGCUCUGAAAGGUCUUGGCCUCAUUCCUGAAGAUGCUGAAAUAUCUGCAGUAUAAUGCAGGUUUUUUGAUAUACAUAUAUGAGGUGAUGGGUGGGUAUCUAUCACUAAAGAAUUUUUGAUGAUUGCAUUUUGUUCUAAACAUGACUGUGCCAUGUGUAGAUGUUCUAAAGCUGUGCUCUGUUGCACCACCAGUCAAAUCACUUUUACGGAAUAACUUUCUUAGUUUCUUCCUUUCCACCUUUGUCUAUCAGAACCAUGGCCUUGAACUUUGUUACUUUCCUUAGAACUGUCACUGUUAAUCAAUUAGCCUCAACAAAACUUUAUUUGGUCAAAUUCUGCCAAACUAAAAAUUGUAAGCCUUUGUUGUCAACUUUGUCCACCAUCUAUUUGUGAGGUUCAGCUAAGAAAACAAACACCUUUGAAACAGCAAUGUUACUUCAAUUAUCACUCAGAGUUUUGUCGUCACAAACGGUUCAGAUGAGACUUUUUAGUUCAUA